AUGGUAUCAGAGCCAGGUAACACAAAGGUCACGGGUUUGAAACUCAUCUGCCCCUCCUUUAAAGUGGAAUUAAUUCGCACAAGGCAGUGCUGCGAGGUGUUUGUUUUGCGUGAGUGUGCUAGUGUGCAGCGUGGUUGGUUUGGUCAUACGUGUUACGGUGCUCUGUGUGCAAGGGUGCUGCUAUUUGCUUGUGGGUGUGGUCUUCGUUGUGAGGUGUCACACUUGCGUGUACUACGGUAUUUGAUUUCUCAAAAGGCAGCAACAGUUAGUGGUCUUGUCUCUACUUCUGUUUUCACUCAUUUUUGUUUGUUUAAGGGGGCUCAAUCUAACCGUACAUUUGAGCGUCUAACUGACGCAGAUCGUAGGAGUGUUCCUACUAUCACCAAUGAGCAAUGGAAAGAACUUCUAUCUGUCGUUCAGUGCUCGAGUUCUUCGUCAAUUCGCACCUAUAAUUCUGUGGAUUGGCUCAUUAAUACUGGAGCUUCAAAUCAUAUGUCUGGUAAUAUUGAUUUAUUUACAAAUUUAUCUGAUAUUUCGUCUCCUGUUUGUUUGCCUAAUGGGAAGAGCAUUACUGCUACAAAAGAAGGGAGAGUUAUUAUGUCUUAUAAUUUAACUCUUCAUAAUGUUCUUUAUAAUCCUGCUCUUAAAUGCAACUUGUUGUCUGGGUCUCAAUUGUUAGAACAACAAUCUUAUUCUGUUAUGUUCACUGACAAGUUAUGCAUUAUUCAGGACCGCAGUUUGAGGAACCUGAUUGGAGCGGGGGAGCAGUGUGAUGGGGUCUAUAUUUUCCGUCCGGUUCGUGCUCGGAAUCCUCAGGCUAACAAAGUGGGUCCGAAUAAGAUUUUUUCUAGUUGUGAUGCUCAGUAUUUUCUUACCAUUGUUGAUGAUUUUUCGCGUUCUACUUGGGUGUUCUUAAUGACUCAAUUUGGCCGCAAGGUCAAGGUGGUUCGUAGUGAUAAUGGUCAGGAGUUUCUUAGUUUGGGUUCUUUCUUUGCUAAGAAAGGCAUCUUGCAUCAAACGUCGUGUGUUGACACAGCUCAGCAGAAUGGUCGAGUUGAACGCAAACAUCGUCACAUUUUAAAUGUGGCUCGUGCUCUUCGGUUUCAGGCAAAGUUGCCUAAGUAUUUUUGGGGUGAGUGUGUUAUGACGGCUGUUCAUCUUAUUAACAGGACUCCGACUUCGAUUUUGAAAGGUAAAACCCCUCAUGAGCUUUUAUUUGGUCAGUCACCUUUUUAUGAUAGUUUGCGAGUUUUUGGUUGUCUUGCUUAUACUGCGAAUCGUCCUUGGGUUAAGGACAAAUUUGAUUCUCGUAGUCGUAAGUGUAUCUUUGUUGGUUAUCCUCAUGGAAAAAAGGGUUGGCGUCUUUAUGAUUUAGAGACGAAUGAAUUUUUUGUGAGUCGGGAUGUGCAAUUUUUCGAAGAUAAAUUCCCGUAUUUAGAGUCUCUUCCGGAUGAACGACGUUUAUUGUGGGAAAAGUAUUUUGCGAAUCCACCCAUGUGGGAUUACAACGACGAAGAAUUUUUGGUCAAUGGUGCGCCAAUGGGGGGUGACACCCUUGACACUACGAGCACUGCAGCUAGGCCGCAGGAGAAUGCUCCCCACCGCAGCCCAGCUGCGGACUGCUCUGUCCCAUGA